AUGUUGGUGUAUUCUACAUCUACGAGUUUUGAACAAGUAUACAUCAACUUCAACUUCCAGGGCGGGAGCCCCGGGCCGGAGCGGCACAACGGCGAGUCCGAAUCGCCAGAGAUGCCGCCUUCGGACGCGCCUCCCGCGCCUACUGCGCCACCACCUGACCCACCAACAGCCAUCAAUGCGCAGAAGACUCGUUCAGUGGUGGUGUCACUAACGCCGGAGCGUCAGCGCGAGACCUGGGGGAAGAAGGCUGAGUUUUUGCUCGCGGUGGUGGGGUUCGCUGUCGACCUGGGCAACGUCUGGCGCUUCCCUUACAUCUGCUAUCAAAAUGGUGGCGGUGCGUUCCUCAUACCGUACUGCAUCAUGUUACUGUUUGGUGGUCUGCCGUUGUUCUUCAUGGAGCUCGCAUUGGGCCAGUACCACCGCUGUGGUUGCCUCACGCUAUGGAAAAGAAUCUGUCCAGCGCUCAAAGGUGUUGGCUACGCCAUCUGCAUGAUCGAUAUCUACAUGGGCAUGUACUACAACACAAUCAUUGGCUGGGCGGUGUACUACCUGGUGGCUUCUAUCUCUUCAAUCAACUCCGUGCUCCCCUGGACCAGCUGCAACAACGAGUGGAACACUCCUCUUUGUAUGCCGGUCACUAUGCUGCACAAUAACCCGAAUGCUUCUACACCAGCGAAGGAGUUCUUUGAGCGCAACGUUUUAGAGCAACACAGAUCCAAUGGUUUGGAUGACAUGGGCCCUAUUAAGCCGUCGCUCGCACUCUGCGUGUUUGGGGUGUUUGUACUCGUCUACUUCUCCCUCUGGAAGGGAGUCAGGAGUGCUGGCAAGGUGGUGUGGGUGACAGCUUUGGCUCCGUACCUGGUGCUACUCAUCUUACUGGCGCGGGGUGUGACCCUGCCGGGCGCCACUGAGGGUAUUCGGUACUACCUCACUCCUGAAUGGCACAAACUGCAGAAUUCGAAGGUGUGGAUCGACGCAGCGUCCCAGAUCUUCUUCUCCCUAGGUCCCGGGUUCGGUACCCUGCUGGCGUUGUCCAGCUACAACAAGUUUAACAACAACUGCUACCGCGAUGCUCUCAUCACCUCUUCUAUCAACUGUCUCACCAGCUUCCUCGCAGGAUUCGUUAUAUUCUCUGUUCUUGGCUACAUGGCUCAUGUGCAACAGAAGAGUAUAGAAGAAGUGGGGCUCGAAGGCCCAGGGCUGGUGUUUAUUGUGUAUCCUGAAGCCAUCGCUACCAUGACCGGCUCCGUAUUCUGGGCUAUCAUAUUCUUUCUCAUGCUCAUCACUUUGGGGCUGGAUAGCACCUUUGGAGGUCUAGAAGCAGUGACCACGGCCCUUUGCGACGAAUAUCCGCGCGUGUUGGGAAGACAUCGAGAGAUCUUUGUAGCCGUGCUUCUACUCUUCAUCUACAUUUGCGCUCUUCCAACUACAACUUAUGGAGGCGUUUACCUGGUGGAUCUACUGAACGUUUACGGGCCAGGGCUGGCGAUCCUGUUUGUGGUAUUCGCUGAAGCAGCUGGAGUGUGCUGGGUUUACGGCGUUGAUCGCUUCUCCGAGGACGUGAGGACUAUGCUCGGUCAUACUCCAGGGUGGUUUUGGAGAGCCUGCUGGUCUUACAUCAGCCCGGUGUUCCUGCUAGUUCUCUUCAUAGUCUCUGUAUUGGCUCACGAGGAGAUGCUGGGUGGAGAGUACCAGUACCCUCCGUGGUCCAUCACCGUCGGCUGGGUCAUGACCGGCACUACCGUCUCCUGCAUACCUCUCUACAUUAUUUACAAGUUUUUGAAGACUCCAGGCAGCUGCAUUGUUCAUUUACCACCCACUGAAUGCAUGGCGGCCAAAUCUGUAAGCUUCAACACUGUGUGUAACUUAUACGACUCGCAAUUGGAGGCAAUUGCGAAAUGGCUAAGCUGCAACGGGGAAAUUUGGGGCUUGGGGCCGACGGCGGUUUUUGCCAGCGCCGCAGUUCUGUUUCUGUACAACGAGCUGGAGGCGACUGUUUUCUUACCUGGAGACCAGGAGCAGGUCUCCACUUUAGAGAAAACUUUGAUUUCCUCAAUGAUGCUGGGGAUGUUGGCGCUCAUGAUCCACCUGUGGGUGUGCUCCAUGCGUUUCUUCCAGUAUUAUCUUGACACCAUAAUAAGAGAUAGCCCAAACAUGCUACUAGAGAUGACAACAAUUGGCCUACUGGGUGGACAGUCGGAGAUGGUACCACUAGGACCGCUCACCAGGUUCCUGCGUCAACAACAACCACAAAUCCACAUCACAGUCUGCUGGUUCCUUUCGCUCUGCUAUGCCGACUAUGUGAGGAAGAAUUAUUGCCAGAGGUUCAAUAUGCCCUAUUUGGAGCAGUGGCAAACCGAGUUACAGGAUCGCGUGAUGCGCACCUCUCACCGGAUAAUGGAGAAGGUCAAUUCUUUCGUCGGUUCCCUCCAUCAGCAGCUGCGUGGAUACGGGCAAGUCGACUUGCAAAUACGGAACCAACAGAACCCGCCACCACCAAUUGACACAGUGAGAGUCCGCUUCCAAAGAAAUCGUCGGUCGUCCUCGGCGGAUCCGGCGGCCGAGUUUCCUGGUCAGACAAGCAAUUGUGUGAUUCCUGCACGUCGGGCUGCGAAUCGCCAAAGGACCGACACUACCGGCUCAUCGGCCAAUCGAGCGAUACGAUUGCAGACGCUAUCACAAAACUUAGAAAUUAUGUCAAAGUGUCAACGUGUCCAUGCGGAUGCGAUUCCCACAGUUUAUUGGGAAACUCCCGUUGUGCGAGCCCCGUCCGUUCAAUGCAUGAGGGCGUGUCACAUACUGACAAUGAACUUGUGA